AUGGACGACGACGUUGUAGCAGCUGCAGCUGCAGCGGCUUCUUCGCCAUCGCCGUGGAGCCUGCUCCAGGGGCUCCUGGCGCUGCUCAUCGUGUGGGGGGCGUACCGGGCCGCGCAGACAUUCUGGCUGCGGCCGCGGCGGCUCGACCGGGUGCUCCGGGCGCAGGGGCUCACCGGCACUGAGUACUGCUUCCCCGCCGGCGACCUGAAGGAGAACGCCAGGCUCAACGACGAGGCGCGGUCGAGGCCCAUGCCGCCGUGCCACGACGUUGUUCCCCGCGUGAUGCCGCAUCUCUUCAACACUAUCAAGGAGCACGGCAACAUUUGUAUCACCUGGUUCGGACCAAUUCCGAGGGUGGUCAUCACGGAGGCAGAGUUAGUCAGAGACAUCCUAUCAAACAAGUUUGGUCACUUCGAGAAGUUCACGAACAAGCGUCUCGGGAAACUGCUCGCCCUUGGGCUUGCGACUUACGAUGGCGAGAAAUGGGCAAAACACAGAAGGAUCCUGAACCCCGCAUUCCAUCUCGAAAAGCUCAAGCGCAUGCUGCCGGCGUUCUCGACGUGUUGUACAGAGCUUAUAGAUCGCUGGGAUAGCAAGAUCGCUGGUUCUGACGGAUCAUAUGAACUGGACAUCUGGCCGGAGUUUCAGAACCUCACCGGAGACGUGAUCUCCCGCACGGCAUUCGGCAGCAGCUUCAUGGAAGGGCGGAGGAUCUUCCAACUUCAGAGCGAGCAAGCAGAGCGAGUAAUCAAGGCCUUCCAGUAUAUGUACAUCCCAGGCUUCAUGUUCUUCCCGACACAGAACAAUCGGAGGAUGAACGAGAUCAACAGGGAAAUCGAAGGGACUCUAAGGGGCAUGAUCGAGAAGAGGGAGCGCGCAAUCGAGAACGGCGAAGCCAGCAGCAACGACUUGCUCGGAGUGCUGCUACAGUCGAACAUGGAGAGCGGGAAAAGCAGCCUGAGGAUGAGCACGGAGGACGUGAUUGAGGAGUGCAAGCUCUUCUACUUCGCGGGGAUGGAAACCACGUCGGUGCUGCUCACGUGGACGCUCGUCAUCCUAGGCAUGCACCCUGAGUGGCAGGACCGCGCGAGGGAGGAGGUCCUCAGCGUGUUCGGCAGGGACAAGCAGCCCAAUUUCGACGGCCUAAGUCGACUCAAAACGGUGACGAUGAUACUAUACGAGGUGUUGAGGUUGUACCCGCCGGCGGUGAGUCUAAACCGAAGAACAUUCAAAGACAUGCAAAUUGGAGGCAUCACAUACCCUGCAGGGGUAAUCCUCGAGCUUCCCAUAAUUGUCGUCCACCACAAUCCUGAUGUUUGGGGGAAUGACGCACACGAGUUCAAGCCAGAGAGAUUCGCUGAGGGGAUCUCAAAGGCGACCAAGGAUGACCAACCGGCGUUCUUCCCGUUCGGGUGGGGGCCGAGGAUCUGCAUCGGGCAGAACUUUGCGCUGCUUGAGGCCAAGUUGGCCUUGAGCAUGAUCCUCCAGCGCUUCGAGUUCCGACUGUCCCCUUCGUACACACAUGCACCGUACACUAUCCUUAUGCUGCAUCCUCAGCAUGGCGCGCCAAUUAUAUUCAACAAGAUCUGA